CCCAAAUGGACAGUACAUCGGAAGAAUUGCAUUUGGUUUCGUACUCAAGAUCGCGAUGGGAUACAAGGCGUUCGUUGGUGCGCCGCUCAUCAUCACGCUGGGCGACUCGAUCACUCAAAAUGGCGCGAACCCAGAGAUCCUUGGUUACCAAGUGCUUCUGAACAACGACUACGUGCGCAAGGCGGACGUCGUGAACCGCGGGUUGUCGGGGUGGACCACUCGCGGGUGGCUGCCCAAGGUUCCUCUCUUGCUCGAGGAGUGGCGCCACAAGCCGCCCAGCUUGAUCAUGAUCUUCCUGGGUGCCAACGACGCUGCGUUGAUCGACUCCCACGAUAGCCAGCAGCACGUCCCUGUAGAUGAAUACGUGGCCAACCUCACGCAUAUGGUGUCGCUCAUCAAGACUUCGUUUCCUCAGUGCGAGAUCCUCUUCUUGACCCCUCCCGUCGUGGACGAUGCACGGUGGCCAAGUCGCGCAAACCUGGAAACAAAGAAGUACGCCGCAGCCUGCGUCAACCUCGCGAUCUCCCUUCAUCUUCCUGUCGUGGACUUCUGGACAAGUCUCCAGGGCCGCACAGACCUCCUCGCGGACGGACUGCACUUCAACAAAGCAGGGAACGUAGUGGCGCAUCAAAUGAUAGUAGAUGCCAUCGCCGCGCAUUUACCGCACUUGACUCCCGAAGCAUUGCCUAGUGAGUUUUAACAAGAGCUCGACAACAGAAUGUCAUUUUGAGAAAAGUUUCAUUUUCUUCAAAUAUUUGUAAUUUUCAGC